AUGUUCCAAUCCACCAAUCCGAACUUUGUGUGGUGUAUCUUUGUCGUCCUGUUUGUUGUGAGCCUUCCAUCUGUGGCAUCGUUCCAGCCAGCUGUUCCAAUGAGGGCCGCAGCCCUAAGGUCUCGACUGCCCUACUCCCGAUCUUGGGUUGUUCCGACGGUCAGCCGUCUGUUCAAUACGCUUUCUUCCAACCAGGAUCUUGCACAAAAACGCAUUGAAGUGGCCAGAGCCAAAAAAGCAGCAUGGAAACGAUCCGUUCUGGAAACCAAUAAACGUCAUCUCCAUAUCAAGCGAAUCACCGAGGAAAAAGAACAAUCGACCGACUUUCAAGUACCUGCACUCUAUGCUUUGAAAGUUUCUGUCUGUGAAGAACUUCGAAAUGAGCUACAUUUAUCGGGACGCGAACGAAGAGGACGUGUUUUUAUUGAACUUGGAUCACCUGCCACAAGGAGUCUCAAGAGUUUGAAAUAUGACAUUCAUGCCUUUUUUAAAGCUCUCAAAAAGUCCACCUUUGUACUUUCCGCAUGUUUACCAGAGGUGGCAGAGGAUGGAUCCAUUGUAGUACCAGAGGACUUGACAAACACAAAGAUGUGGAAGAUUGAAACCGAUGAGGAUGUCAAUAAAACGUUUGCCAUGGCCGACGAACACUUUCAAUCCGCCCCCGCUUCACUCAAGCGUCCAUCCAUUAGUUUGCACUUGGCCAAGGAUCCCAAUGCUCCUCCGCCACCGCCUCCUCCAGCCUACUUGGAGGGCAUGGCAAAUCCUGCUGCAAGUGAAACUAUGACCAUGCUGUCAUUCUAUUCCUUUCCUCCUUCUGGAAUUGAGGAUCCCGAAGACUUUGCCAUGCAGCUACGACGGAAAUGGAAGCCAUUCAAUCCGCUAGGACGAAUCUAUGUGGCCAAAGAAGGAGUGAAUGCGCAAAUGAGCGUGGCAACGAAUGUUUUGGAGAACUUUAUUGAUUGUUGUCGCAGCAUUCCUCAACUUGGAACUUACAUGGAAAAUGGUGUCAAUGUGGAUCCCAAGCCAAUUCCAGUGGAAGAGUUUGCCACUGCUGGUGUACCCAUUAAUGGAAAACCGGCUCCGCCGUUUCGAAAUCUACACAUUCGCGUUCGAAACCAAAUUGUGGCCGAUGGCUUGGACAAACCACUGGACUGGCAAUCUGCAGGGUACGACAUGCCACCCUUGGAAUGGCAUGAAAAGCUCAAAGAGGCCAAGGAACUGAGAGAACAGGCAGCAGGAACAACAGCCGACCAAAACAAGGAUAUUCCGGUCAUUCUAGACUGCCGAAACGAUUAUGAAACAAACAUUGGAAAAUUUGACGGCGCAGAGCCAUUAGAAACGACAAAUUUCCGUGAGAGUUGGGACGUGCUGGGAAAACGUUUAGAGGACGUUCCAAAAGAUGCACCAAUCAUGACCUAUUGCACAGGUGGCAUUAGGUGUGUGAAGGUCGGUGCCUACCUGACACAAGAGCUGGGUUUCACUAAUGUGAGCAGGUUAGCUGGUGGCAUUAUUGCCUAUGAUCGUACCAUUGAGGAGAAGGCUGCCGAUGAACAGCCACUUUUUCGCGGUGCCAAUAUGGUCUUUGAUGGCAGACUGGGCCGACAAAUCACAGACGACAAACUCGGAUCGUGCGCUACGUGUGGAGGCGAGACUUCUUUGAUUAGCAACUGCCUCAACGACAACUGCCACAAGAGAAUGAUCCAGUGUGAAACUUGCCGCACAGCCUUUCAUGGAACUUGCUCAGAUGCAUGCAGGCAGCGACUGGUCAACAAUGGUAUGCUCUCUCAGCGUUUGCAUGGAGACUCUUCCCAAACUUCGGUUGCAGAUUCUUCAGAAGAAAAGACAACACCAUAUCGUACAUUGGAUGAGUACAGCACUGGCCAUUCCAGCCCCGCUCCCUCCUUGUAUCAUGAAAUGGAACUCAACACACAAUCAUACCUUCCAUCUGGAAGCCACAUGGUUUCUGGUUUUGAACAGGGUCGGCUGCUGACUAAUUUGGCCUCCAUGACACGAGAAGGACGCAUCCUGGAGCUGGGGACAUUCACUGGCUAUGCAACGGCAUGUUUUCUGGAAGGUGCUGCCAACGUGGCGUCGGCAAUCAGCUUGGAUUCAGCUGGCAAUCAAAGCAGUGGUCCCUACGUCUUGUCUCUGGAACGUGACCAGCGAGCUUUCAACCUUGCCGCAGCUCACAUGAACGUCAUGACAGAACAUGGCACUGGCGAAGCGGGUGCGGAGGCUGCUUGUUCAUUACGGGCUUCCGGCGAGGCUGAUUUUGUGGAAACCGUUUUGGAGGAUGUGGUUUCUGUCGUCUAUGACAACGCGGCAACUUGUGACCUUCUCAAAGUCUCGGACGCUCUCGCUACCAUGGAAGAGAUGGCCCGAGGAGAGAGCAGUCAGAUCGACCAGCCGUCUCCGUUUGACCUUGUGUUUGUGGAUGCCGACAAGACCCGGUUAUUGGAGUACGUUGAUGCUUGCCUUGCCAGUGAUCUCGUCUUGAAGAAGGGUGGGAUGAUUGUAGUGGACAAUGUACUCUGGAAAGGACUUGUGCUGGGAGCUGCAGGCUCGUCGCCCCUUCUGAUAGACGGGGAAGGCUCUGGCGACGCAGAAAUCAAAAAGAACCGCCGAGCAAGGCGUUUGGCAAGCAAAAUGCAUCGUUUCAACAGCGCCAUUGCGAAGGAUCCAAGGUGCGAGGUGUUACUGUUGCAAGUAAGAGAUGGCCUGAGUAUGAUAAGGAAGAAGUAA